GAAGGACUAAAGGAAAUAGCUAUGGAGUAUCGUAAAUCUGUUUGUGCUCUGUUUAUUUUUCUUUUUGCUGCCAGCAGCCUUGAGAUUGUUUGCGCCCAAGUUCGUCGUACUAAUGUCACUUGUUUUGAGAAUGAAAGAAGAGCUCUUAUCCAAUUCAAGGAAAGCCUAGUUGAUCAAUCAAAUCGUUUGUCGUCAUGGAUUGGAGAUAACUGUUGCAAAUGGAAGGGAGUUGGUUGCAACGUCGUAACUCGCCAUGUCGUGAAUCUUGAUCUUUCUAACAAAUUUCCUAAUGCUGAAGACUUGGCCACAGUAAUGAGCAGGGAGAGCUGGAAGAAGUGGGAGAAAUUCAAAGGAACUGUAUUAGGAGGUGAGCUAAAUCCUUCUUUGCUUAAACUAAACCAUUUACGUUACCUCGACUUGAGCUACAAUAACUUUUCAAGAAUUCAAAUUCCACCAUUUCUUGGAUCUUUGAAAAACUUGAGACUACUUAACCUUUCAUGUGCUGGCUUUGGUGGAAAGAUUCCUCAUCAUCUUGGAAACCUAUCAAGGUUACAACAUUUAAACAUAGGAAUUUGCAAAACCUUUUUUGUCGUAGCGCAUAAUUUAUUUGAAGCGGAUAGUGUUCCUUGGGUUGGUAGGCUUACUUCUAUAAGAACCUUACACUUUGUUGGAUUGUCCAUACCAAACAGUGAAGAUCUUUUUAAUUCAAUUAACAUGCUUCCUUCAUUGUUAUCAUUGAGCUUGGUUAGUUGUAAACUCACUAGUUUUCCAUCUCGUAUGCAUGUUAAUUUCACUUCUCUUACUUCACUUGAUAUCCAAAUGAAUUUCAUGGAAUCCACUAUCCCUACAUGGUUUUCCAACCUAACAAGCCUAGUGAAUCUCAAUCUUGGUUUAAAUUCAUUCAAAGGUUCAACUGAUUUCUUUGAGCAACUGAGGGAUCUAGAAACACUAGAUCUUAAGGUGAACCAUUUUGGCGAUCCAGUGUUAAAUUCGUUAUGCAGAUUGAAUAGCCUUGUUUAUUUGGAUUUAUCCCGAAAUCAACUUAAAAGCUCAGAUUUUCAUUGCCUUAGAAAUCUAACGUCUCUUUCCGUCCUUAAAUUGACUGGCAAUAUGUUGCAAGGGCCUUUCCCGGAGUCCCUAACAAGUAGUUUCUGUACAUUGCGCGUUCUUGAUUUGUCUGAUAACAAUUUCAGUGGGUUACUUCCGACAUUUAUUAGAGAUCCAUCUAGCUGCUACAAAAAUUCCUUGAAGGAGCUGUACUUACGCAAUAAUGUGUACAAUGACUACUUCCCUGCUGGACUGGAAAAGCACAAGGAUCUUGAAAUUGUUGAUCUUGCCAAUAAUUCUUUGUAUGGUCCUAUCCCUUAUUCAAUUGGUAAGAUAACGAAUUUGAAAAUCCUGUUAAUUUCAAACAAUGAUUUGAAUGGGAGCAUUCCAUCUAGUAUUGGGGAACUAUCAAAUUUGGAAGACCUGGACAUCUCCUACAACUUAUUCACUGGUGUGGUCACCGAGCUCUAUUUUGCUAAGCUUAGCAAUUUGAAGAACUUGCAAAUGUCGGGGAACUCGUUGAUUGUGAAUGUUAUCUACACAUGGGUUCCUCCUUUUCAAGUCAGAAUGAUAGGGAUGUCAUCUAUAACAGUAGGGCCUCGUUUCCCCCCCUGGCUCGAAACACAGUUACAGCUUGAAAGGUUGAUCAUGUCCGAUGCUAACAUUUCAGAUACGAUCCCUGCUUGGUUUAGAAAUGUAACACUGUCUUUGGGAACCAUUGAUCUCUCCAAUAACAAAUUAGCUGGUGGCCUAGAAGCUUUUUGUGAUGCUCAACGUUUGUCCACCAUCGAUCUCUCCAACAAUCUGUUAUCAGGAAGUAUUCCUUCAUGUUUCGGGAACCUUCAAAGAUUAAUAACACUUACUCUGUCAGAUAAUAAUCUUGAAGGUCAUAUCCCAUCUUCUUUAGGUGCUUUAGGGAUUCAACUUAGCUAUUUGCAUUUGCAAAACAACAGGCUAAGCGGGAAGCUUCCCUCGACUCUUCAAAAUUUGACGAAUUUGAGAUCACUUCACUUGGGAGAAAAUAAUUUCAAGGAUACUAUCCCUGCAUGGCUUGGUAGGAGGGUAAAGUCAUUGCAAAUUCUGAGGCUAAAUUCAAAUGAAUUUUUUGGUGACAUUCCCUUGCAACUAUGCCAAAUACGUUUCUUGUGUGUUUUAAAUCUUGGUGGCAAUAACUUGGAUGGAAGCAUCCCUCCUUGUUUUAAAAACUUUACUUGCAUGAAAAUCAAAUCAAGGUACGACACUUCUUUUGGAUUUCGCUAUAAUGAGAGACUUGAUCACAUUAUGAAAGGGAGAUCUCUGGAGUAUACUGAUAGUCAAAUAUCAUCGCUUAAGUUGAUGGAUCUUUCAGAAAACAAAUUUAUAGGAGGUAUCCCGGAGGAAUUAACAGAGCUACAAGGAUUGCUGAGUUUAAAUUUGUCAAGCAAUAAUCUCAACGGAAGCAUCCCAAAGAUGAUAGGCAAUAUAAAACAACUCCAGGCCCUCGAUUUGUCUCUGAACAAACUCUCCGGUCCAGUCCCUCAUGGUUUGGCUUCUUUGAACUAUUUGAGCUACUUGAACUUGUCAUUUAACAAUUUAUCAGGUCCAAUUCCUACUGGAAAUCAACUCCAGUCAUUGGAUGACAAGUCCAUCUACGCUGGAAAAAAUGGGCUUUGUGGAUGGCCACUCUUGAAAAGUUGCCAUGACAAGAGAUCAACAUCUCAGCCAAAUCUUGAUCAAGAUGAUAAAGGUGGCGCGGAGUCUAAUCAUUUAUGGUUCUACGCGGGAAUAGGACCUGGUUUCUGUGUUGGCUUCGUAGGGGUGCUUACUAUUUUGCAUUUCAAGAAAUCCUGGCGUGUCAUGUACUUUCAGUUCUUGGAGGAUGUCCACAAUAAGUUAUUUGUUGCAAUUUUUCUCAUCAUUGCUAAGUUUCAAAGAAGAGGCUGAAACAGAGAACAGCAGUACCAAGGACUUCUUAGUAAUCCCACUACUUCUUAUUACUUGUUCAGAAAAUUUAUUUUCAAUUUGUAUUACCCGGAUUCAUUUUUUCUUAUGCACGAAAUUUGAGAUAAAUUGUUUAUU